AUGGAAUGGGAGAAGAAUAAGAGAGCACGAGAAGAUGAUGGAAUUGAGACUGAAUCUUCUUCCGAAAGUAACGACAAUGCAAAGAAGAGGAAUGUGUAUGGCAUAAGCUUCACGAAGGAGAAGAAGGACAUGGAAGAGAAAGAUUAUUUGAAGGCGUGGGAUUCCCACUUGGCAAUGGGAGUGUUUGAUUUCCCUUGGCUGAAAGAUGGUGUCAUGUCCAAAUCAGAUCAAUGCUUGGAUUUUGAAGACAACUUUUCAUCAUCUUUAGAACACCAAGACACUUUUUUCAAACAUGAUGUUGAUUUCUAUGAGGAAUAUGGCUUGUGUGUAACUCCAGAGGCAUCAAUGGCUCAUAUUGAAGAAGCCAAGUUGGCAGAGGAUAUGUGGCAACCAUUUGAGAGUAAUGGGUUGGAGUUAGAAACAGAAGAUGGAGAUUGUAUUUGGAGCUCUCUGCUCAAUAAGCCUCUUUGA